UCCCUCCUAUAAAUACCGGCCGCCCGGCAUUCCUCCACCAUCCAGCAAACAAGCUCUCAAGCCACUAUCUAUCUAGCUAGCUACUAGCUAGAUAACACACUUGACUCGAUCGAUCAUCAGCAACGUAAACCCAUAGAUCGAUCAUGGCGGCGCGCGCCAUUGUCGUCCUGGUCUCGCUCAUCCUUGCGGUGGUCGCCGGCGGCGCGUCGGCGCAGCUGUCGUCGGGCUUCUACUCCCGCUCGUGCCCGGGCAUGCUCAAAGCCGUGCGCUCGGCGCUGCGGCCGGCGAUCGCCAGGGAGCGACGCGUGGGCGCCUCCAUCGUCCGCCUCUUCUUCCACGACUGCUUCGUCCAGGGCUGCGACGCCUCGCUGCUGCUGGACGACGCCCCGGGCCUGAGCGGCGAGAAGAACGCCAAGCCCAACAAGAACUCCGUCAGGGGGUUCGACGUCAUCGACGCCAUCAAGACGGCCGUCGAGAAGGAGUGUCCCGGCGUCGUCUCCUGUGCCGACAUCCUCGCCAUCGCCGCCGAGGAGAGCGUCGUCUUGCUGGGUGGCCCGAGUUGGGAGGUGAAGAUGGGACGGAGGGACUCGACGACGGCGAGCUUCAACGGCGCCGAGAACAACAUCCCACCACCGACAUCGGGGCUCGCAAACCUUACGUCGCUCUUCGCCGCGCAGGGGCUCUCCCAGAAAGACAUGGUCGCCCUCUCAGGAGCCCACACGAUCGGCCAAGCACGCUGCACAUUCUUCCGGGACCACAUCUACAACGACACAAACAUCGACUCCGGCUUCGCCAGGAGCCGCCAGUCAGGCUGCCCUCGUACCGCCGGCUCCGGCGACAACAACCUGGCGCCACUGGACCUGCAGACCCCGACCACCUUCGAGAACGACUACUACAAGAAUCUCGUCCAGAAGAGGGGCAUCCUGCACUCGGACCAGGAGCUCUUCAAUGGCGGCGCCGCUGACGCGCUGGUCCGGCAGUACAUCGGCAGCCAGAGCACCUUCUUCAAGGACUUCGUGGUGGGGAUGGUCAAGAUGGGGGACAUCACGCCGCUGACGGGAUCCAACGGACAGAUCAGGAAGAACUGCAGGAGGAUCAACUAAGAAAAGAUCCUCCACUUUCUGCGCAGACAGUUGUGAAAUCCCUAGAAAUGCAGCACAAUCCGUAGCAAUCCAGGAUGUGUUUGGUCGCGCCCAUGCUUGCAAGCAAGCUUGUGGUUUCCUCUCGUUCGACUCUGUUUAUGCAAUUGUGAAAUCAAUGUACGUUGUGCCUGGUGGAUUAAUAAAAGGUCUACCCCGUCUCUAUAGUCAGAAA